AUGUCCUCCUUCAAUGCAGUUGUGUACAACCUCCCCGACCGCACACACCCAUCUAAGUUAAGGGAUAUUUGCCUUAGAGCAUGCGGUAUGCCGAACGUUAACUGCAAAGUCAUCCGCCUUAGAAAAAAGUCAGACAGAUCGACUUGCCCCCUUUUGUUUAUGUUUGGCUGUUGUAACGAUGCUAAGCAGUUUAUUAAUCUGAGCAAAAAUAUUAGCUCACUAAUUCCAUACAAGAAUAUAAAAGUCACUCCAGACCUUACGCCCUGUCAACGUCGUGUAAGAAGACGCGAAGCGAUAGAAUUGAAUGGGAGUGUUACAGUUAAUAAUCAGCCAGAGACAGUUUGCAACACAGCAAAUAGUUUAAAACACACGAACAAUAAGCAUGACACCACUCCACAUACGGCUGAUCACUCUGUUGAUCUAGAUGAGUCUACAGAUCAGAAACCUUUGGAUAAGAUACGGACCCCAACUGACACCAAAAACCAUAACGACAUGACUAAUCCCAGCUGUUCGUUCAGUAAUGUACUAAAAUGUGAGUCGUGUAACAACACACAUCCAACUAAACCUAUACACUUGAAAAUUUGUCCUCCUAAAGGUAUUCCACAAGUAGACUUGAAUGAACGUAAGUUCAUCUCACAGAGACAACGAAAGACUCCAGCUCUGAAAAUAAAGGGUGGGAAGACAAAACUCAUGAUACCGAAUAGGGAAACACGUAAGAUUGAACCCAACUGCUCUAUAGGUAUCCCAAGAACAGUGAACAGGUUCUCCCCGCUGCUAUCGUAUAACUUGCCUUCAACACCUCCAAGUUGCAAAAAGGGUGGUGGGCUUCAACGUAGCAAGCCUUCUUACACGCAGACUAACGAAAACUACCAGAGAACUGGCCACCCAAAUCACCCCCUGAAGCCUAAAACCAUGAAUAAGAAUGGUAAUAAUAGGUUUCUCACUCCACACCCUACCUACAUUCCCCAGGAUCGCAACUGUAAUUACUCUCAGAAAGAAAACUUCUCACACCCUUUAGUACCGACCCAUCACAUAACAACGGCUCCCAUGUAUAACAGCAGUCGCAACUCCUCCCAGUUACGCGUAGCAGACCCCUCUCACGCUAACGUAAAUAGCCAUAACAGGGGCUACGAGUCUAACCAUCAAGACUAUUUUGUAAAUAACCAUACACUUCACAGUAGGCCUGUACAAGAUUUUUUUGGAAUAAGACCCCUAGUGACACCUCUGUUGAAGCAUAUAGCCCAGGUUAUUUCAAACCACAUGCAAACCAUAAAUUUGUUUCCUCCGUACAGUUUCCACCAGAGAGUACUCCCACCCUUUCCUCCUGGGUAA